CCGGACCAGUGAAGCCGCUUCGCCCCUCGCUUUGGACCUCGGGCCUCACUCCUCCUCCAGAUGGACCCCAAGUGCUCCUGCCCCACUGGCGGCUCCUGCAGCUGCGCUGGCUCCUGCACCUGCAAAGCCUGCAGAUGCACCUCCUGCAAGAAGAGCUGCUGCUCCUGCUGCCCCGUGGGCUGCGCCAAGUGUGCCCAGGGCUGCGUCUGCAAAGGGGCCUCGGACAAGUGCAGCUGCUGUGCCUGAUGUCGCGGAGAGCCUGCCCCGGGUGGCAACAGAGCAACCAGGACGAACCUGCAUUUUACCGUUUUUCAUACAACCGGACCUGACGCUACAUUCCUUUUUCUAUGAAAUAUGUGAGCUGUAAUAAAAGUUGUUGACUUCA